AUGCUCGUCAACUCCCUUUUCGUCCUUGCCUCUGCUGCUUUGGCUUUGGCUUCGCCUGUCAAGAACUAUGGUCCUGGUUCAAGCUGCAAGCCUGGAAAGCCCAUGCCCACUCUUCCCCUUAACGGUGGUGCCACUGAACUUCCCUCUCCUCCUCAAGGUGUAACUCUGAAGCACAUCGCCCUCGGCUUCGGCAUUCAGAACUACACCUGCGCUGACGCCGCCGCCACACCCGCAGCUCAAGGUGCUCUGGCCGUUCUCUACGAUGUCACUUCCUUGUACCCCGGCCAAGGCAUUGGAGCUCUCCCUAAGGCCAAGUGGGAGUCUUUCACCUCUGAUGUCCUCAACACUGGCGAGAUCCCUCUGAACCUCAACGAGAACGGCGUCGGAGCUUCCCUUACUGAGCCCUUCCCGGCGAGGUCCUCCAUCAAGGUUGACGGUAUGCGCAAGCCGCUUCCUUACCUCGGCCACCACUACUUCAACGCUGCUGGAGUUCCCACCUUUGACCUCGACACUGUCAACCAGCUCCUCCUCUGCAAGAAGCUCGACGGUAUCAAGGCCCCUGCUUCUGCCUCUGCUGGCCCCGAAGGAACUGGUGCCGUUGACUGGCUCUACCUCGGUGACGCUGGUGGUAGCAUCGGAGUCUCCUACGUCUACCGCGUUCAGACUUCUGGUGGUGCUUCCCACGGCUGCAAGGCCAAGGGUGUUGACAGCACCUCCUACACAACCCUCUACUGGUUCUACGGUUAA